GAGCGGGUGACAGAAGAAAGGGUGGCAGGCUGGAAAGAAGCAUGGAAGAAUACAAAUGGAAUUGUUGUCUUCUGUGAGUUGUACGCUGGAGAUCCCCUUCCUCAGCUCUGCUUUGAAAUCUUCAGUAAUGUUUCUGUUGUUCCCUGUUGUGGAGGAAAAGGAGGCUGCAAUGCACAGAGUGGGCAGAGGACAGUUCCAGAAACCGGAAGUGCCUGCAGGAUGGUCCUGAGACAAGAGCAAGCUUGACACAUGGGAAGGAGUGUUUGGAGAGUGGAGCUACUCUUAAGGAUCUGUGAUAAUAGAAAGGAGCAGUGACAUAAAACAUGAGGAGAUCCUCCAAACCAUUGGUGACUGAACCUAGGGUGUUCCUCUACAGGGAAGUUCCAGUCUCUCUGCAGUUACCUGAGACGUCCAGAUCUUGCUGUUUCAGACCAUCCAGCUGCAGUGGUGCACAGCAAGGUAUGCGAACUAACAAAAAUAUUUCAUAAAGAUUAUUAACCUUGCCCGAGAGGGCUCACUGCAAUUUUUCUUACAGAGUCCAACCAAGCAAUUCAAACAUUCAUACAGCACCCAGCAUGUGUGGCGUUACGGAUCCCAGCAGUUGGCCCCAAAGAGAUGCCUCUCGUGGAACAGAAUGAGGUAUAAUUACUUCAGGCCUCCAGGAUGGCGAUCCAAUUCCGCUCACUUUUCCCCUUGGCACUGCCUGGAGUGCUGGCGCUUCUCGGCUGCUGGUGGUUUUUCUCUCGUAAAAAAGAGCGCAGCAGCAGCCACAACAAACAGAUGGGGGCCAGCGCUGUGAAGCUGAGGGCUGGCCCUGCCACGGAGGAAGCGCUCCCCGUGGAGGACCCCUCUCCUGGAGCGGCGGCCCCGCCCCCCGGUGCCACCCAGCCGCCUGAGAGGGAGCUCCCCACCGCCAGCAAGCCCCCUGUGGAGCCGCCAGCCCUGCUGCGGGCACACCUGGCCUACCGGCGAUCAGAGUCCUCGGGCGGCCUUCCCAACACCACGGACACGAGGUUUCGACCAGGACCACGCAAAGAGGACAGUGCAAGGGUGGAGCUCGCUCUGACGGGUGACGAAGCCAAGUCUGCUCCUCUGGAGUGUCCCCUGCCGUCCCCAAAAGGCGUUCCGUUCCCCCACGAAGCAGCUGAGGUGUGUAAUCGAGAGACCGUGAUGGGCAGGCCGGCAGGGUGGCGCCGGCAGGGCCAGUCUGCGGCCCCCGCAGAGAAGGUGGGCCCCGGGGAGAAGACCAGGGAGACGGGUGGCGCCGAAGGCACAGGUGACGCGGUGAUGGGAGAAAACGUGCUGGAAGAAGGUCCCGUGUCCCGGGAGCAGGGCCCCGAGUUGCCGAGCAGCAGAGCCCCCAGCCUGGCUCCCUUGGGAGGAGGGGGAGAGAAGGGGAGGAGCAGCCUGCUGGCGGUGGACGAGGACCCCGUGGGGAAGUUGCUGAGUAGCUUCGUGGGGUCGGCGCACUCGGAGCUGGCGAUGCCCGAUGAGACGCCAGCGCCCCGGGUCAGGGGGAGCAGAGGCUGGGACGGAGACUUCAGCCGGGAGCUGGGCAAGGAAGAGACCUUGGACGAAAACGAGAAGGUCGAGCAGGCUGCCUUCCAGAUCAUCUCCAAAGUGAUCCUGGAGGCCACCGAGGAGGUGCUGAGCACCACGAUGGGCAGGAUCGCGGGUCGCGUGUGUCAGGCCUCGGCCGCUCAGCUCCAGGGGCCGAAGGAGGAGAGCUGUGUCCGAGGCGGCCAGAAAACCGCCCUGGGCCAGGGUGCCGCGGGCCCGGUGGACGCCGCCUUCCCCUCUGCAGACCUGCUGGCAGAGCGUGUGCCACCACCAAAGACCUACGUGAGCUGCCUGACCAGCCCUCUGUCCAGCCCCGCCAAGGACAGGAAGCCAAAGAACUCCACGCACCACAUCUCCCUAGCCCCCUGCCCUCCACCGGCUGCCUCCCUCGGAGAGUCACUGGACGAGUCAGGCGUCCUGGCAGAAGAUGCCGCUUGUGUCACCUGCGCGUCCAACAACGGCCAGGGUGUCCCCUCCGUGGCCUCCUCUGGGCAGUGCUCAGAUUCUGUCAGCACUUCGGGGCUUGGAGACUCUUGUACAGAGACCACCUCCAGCCCCAGGGACAAGGCUGCCACCCUGCUGCCGCCAGAAAGUACUGUGCCCUUCAGCAACGGGGUGCUGAAAGGGGAGCUGUCGGACCCGGGGGCUGAGGAUGGAUGGACCGUGGAUGCGGAAGCAGAUCAUUCGGGAGGUUCGGACGGGAACAGCAUGGAUUCGGUGGACAGCUGCUGUGGCCUCAGGAAGCCUGAUGGUCUCCAGAAUGCCCAGGCAGGCUCCCAUCCCAAGAAGGUCGACCUCACCGUCUGGGAGAUCGAGGUGCCUAAGCACCUAGUUGGUCGGCUGAUUGGCAAGCAGGGACGGUAUGUGAGUUUUCUGAAGCAGACAUCUGGUGCCAAGAUCUACAUCUCAACCCUGCCCUACACCCAGAACAUCCAGAUCUGCCACAUAGAAGGCUCUCAGCAUCAUGUGGACAAGGCACUGAGCUUGAUUGGGAAGAAGUUCAAGGAACUGAACCUCACCAACAUCUAUGCUCCCCCACUGCCUUCGCUGGCACUGCCUUCUCUUCCAAUGACUUCCUGGCUCAUGCUCCCGGAUGGCAUCACUGUGGAGGUGAUCGUGGUCAGCCAGGUCAGUGCUGGGCACCUGUUUGUGCAGCAGCACACACACCCUACCUUCCAUGCGCUGCGAAGCCUGGACCAGCAGAUGUACCUGUGCUACUCUCAGCCUGGAAUCCCCACCUUGCCCACCCCAGUGGAAAUAACGGUCAUCUGCGCCGCCCCUGGCGUGGACGGUGCCUGGUGGCGAGCCCAAGUGGUGGCCUCCUACGAGGAGACCAAUGAAGUCGAGAUUCGCUACGUUGACUACGGUGGAUACAAGAGAGUGAAAGUAGACGUGCUCCGGCAGAUCCGGUCUGACUUUGUGACCCUGCCGUUCCAGGGAGCAGAGGUCCUUCUGGACAGUGUGAUGCCCCUGUCAGAUGAUGACCACUUCUCGCCGGAGGCGGAUGCAGCUAUGAGCGAGAUGACGGGCAAUACGGCUCUGCUGGCUCAGGUGACGAGUUAUAGUCCAACCGGCCUUCCUCUGAUUCAGCUCUGGAGUGUGAUCGGAGACGAAGUGGUGUUGAUAAACCGGUCGCUGGUGGAGCGAGGACUUGCUCAGUGGGUGGACAGCUAUUACUCGAGCCUCUGACCCCGUCCCCACGGCGCUUCUGGAGUCUUUUUUGCACUGUUGAAAUCGGGCUUGGUACUCAAGGCAAAGACUUUACAUCAGAAUUACAAACAUUUGUCCUCCCCAGAAAGUCCUUUCUUUCUGUACCGUAGUCAUGUUGAGAUGUUUCGUCUCUGAGACAAGGAAAGAACUGUGGGUUCUUUUCAAAGCCACAGGAUGGCGCGUAACAAGCCAGUCGGCUUAACCUGGUUGCAAGCUGUUUAUUUUUUUAAAAGUGGAAGGAAGACUGUCUCAACUAGGUUGUCCUGCCCGCCUCCAUUCCGUUCCUCCCUUAUUCCUAUUUCCUCCCCUAUGCAGACCCGAACCCCUGUAGCAGACAGGCUGAGGGAGGUGUUGCUUGCUUGUGAGGAAGGGUUUCUUUUACCUUCGGAGUCUGUCUUCAGGGAGCAAGACGUGAACUGGCUGGUGGGCAUCGAUCACUUGUACAGCUUACAGAUGAACUUACGACAUUUAACCGUUUUUUAAUAAAUUCUGGCUAGGUCUCUAAGAAGGCAGACUUUUUAAUGCAUCUGUAAAUACAAAGCAAUCGUACCUCCAGCCUCGGUCAGUGGGAGAGGGGGGACUGUUGUCUUGCCAAGCCUGGUUGUAAUUUGUAACCAUUUUCUAUUUGUGCAAACUAUGUAAAUAUGUUUAAAAAAUGUAAUUAUUUUGUACAAGAUACACUGGAGAGCAAAGAGAACCCAUGAUUUUUCCACACCCUGUGUAGUCUGUGAGCUGAAGUUCCUUGUGCCGGCUGCCGCUGCCUGUCCCAGCUCCAUCGCGUCCCGCGUACCUGACAGGGUGAUUGUAUGGUAUAGGCGUGAUCCGGGGAUUUUUUUUUUUUUUUUUUUUUU